GCACGAUACCCAGUCAGAAGCUGGAGGCCGGUGCAUGCAGACGGCAAACCUUCCAAUACAGCGUCCUCAGCGUCGUAGUCGGUGCAUAGGGAAGAGUCAGGCCACAGUCAAAUGUGACGGUCCGUCGCCAGAAGCCUUCCGUUUUGGAAUCCCCGUUCGGAAUCCACUGUGGGUCGGCGAAAGUGUGUCUGACUGUCUUGACGGCAUUUGGAUCGCCUAGUGAUCCCGCGAGGUCCACCUCCUUUCUGCCUUUACGGUGGCUCUUCUGGCAUCGAACCUCCAUCUUCAGCUCCAAGCCAAGUUUGAUAUCCGCGGAAGACGCUGGAAGAGCGGGAAACAGCGUCUCCACAGUGAACGAGAUGGGGAUCGUGGUCGCGACGGGGAACGUGUCCAGUUGUGGCAGAGAGAGCUGGUGCAUCCACCGGGGUUAAACGAAAACAUGAGAGUCGCCUGAAUGCACACCUUGAUGCGCGCAUGCGAAUAGUCGCCCCAAAGACCCUGGCGCAACUUUUCCUCAGCUACAAAAUCUUGCACCGCUCCGCCCCACCCUUGCAACAAAACCUCCCGGACCCGCAACUGUUCCGGUGCCGCCGAUGGUAGGAGAGCGAUCGCUCGUCGAAUGCGCCGCGCUUUGCGCAGAAGCCCAUCGCGACGCCCGACCACCUCCAGGGUAUACCGGACACUCCCCUUAAUGGAAUUGGACUUGAUCACACCGUGGAAGGACGGCGGGAGAGAUUCCGGGAACGUGAAUUGGAAGGGCAGGGUAAGGGUGUGUGUUCCAGGCGACGGAAAGGUCCCGGUGCUCCAGAGCGGGGUCUCCAUGCCGAACAG